UCCAUUCCGAUGGCCUUAUUCACACGUCCCACAGCUGUACUGUAUUUUUUUUGAUACCGUAUUUAAAAAAAAAAAAAAAAUAUAAUGAAAACAUGUUUACCGCGACUUGACUUUCCGACGAUGUGUUGCAAUUUUUCAAUUCUUCUCUGUAUGUUUGAUUAAUAAUAAUUUUUGUUACCUGUUCCACUGUCGUUGGUAUGCUUUAUUAGGCGUGCGCUCGAACACGAUGGCUGCUAAAAUACAACCAUUUGAUCCUCCAAGUUCUGCCAGUUCUGAUAGUUUGCUAAAUUGUAUUAUUAUACAAUUUGUUAGAAUAAAUUCAUUGGAAAAACCACGCAUAAAAAAAUUAAAUAUUUAAGCGAUUUAAAUGAGUAUCGGGAUGUAGUUGGAGACAUUUCAAUAGCUGUAGACAAUGAUGAAGAAGAAAGUGAUAGUAUAAUUUCUUCAAGUAUGUCACCAUCAAAACAAUCAACAACUGCACCAUCAACAGUAUUGGUGAAAUCUCCUAGAUCAACUAUACGGCAAAGAACAACUUCUGUCAGUCAAUCAACAAAAAAAACAGCUACAGAAUCAGUAUUGCAGUCUCAUACACGUACAAUAUAUACAGCUGGCCGACCACCUUGGUAUAACACUGCAGGACAGCAAGUAGAACCAUUUGUUAUUGGUGUAUGUGGUGGCAGUGCUUCUGGGAAAACAACUGUCGCUAGAAAAAUAAUAGAAUCAUUAAAUGUACCAUGGGUUGUAUUGCUUAGCAUGGACUCAUUUUAUAAGGUAUUAACAGAAGAACAACAUGAGAAAGCUGCCUUUAAUGAGUAUAAUUUUGAUCAUCCAGAAGCAUUCGAUUUUGAACUCUUGAUCUCCACUUUACAAAGAUUGAAGGAUGGCAAGAAAGUUGAAGUGCCCAUUUAUAAUUUUAUCACUCAUGCUAGAGAAACCAAAACUAAAACAAUGUAUGGUGCUAAUGUCAUAAUAUUUGAAGGAAUCAUGGCAUUUUAUAAUACAGAAGUUUUAAACAUGUUGGACAUGAAAGUAUUUGUAGAUACUGAUGCUGACAUUAGAUUAGCCAGAAGAUUAAAAAGAGAUAUAUCUCAGCGAGGUAGAGAUCUUCAGGGUGUUUUAAAACAAUAUUGUAAUAUGGUUAAACCAUCAUUUUCACAUUAUAUUGCUCCGUCCAUGGUUCACGCCGAUAUCAUUGUUCCGAGAGGUGGUGAUAAUACAGUUGCUAUUGAAUUAAUUGUUCGACAUGUACAUAAACAAUUACAAGCGCGAGGAUUUAAAUUACGAGAAACUUUGGCAAUGUCUUCUGUUGGUCAACCUCUACCUAGUUCUAUCCAUCUGUUACCAUCUACACCACAAACACAAGGCUUACAUACAUUUAUUCGAAAUAAGGAUACACCUAAGGAUGAGUUCAUAUUUUAUUCCAAACGGCUCAUAAGAUUAGUUAUUGAGUUUGCACUGUCAUUACUGCCAUUUAAAGAUGUAGUUGUCGAUACUCCUCAGGGUGUACCUUAUUCUGGUAAAAGAUGUGCUAGUGAUAAGAUAUGUGGUGUGUCGAUAUUAAGAGCCGGAGAAACUAUGGAACAAGCAGUCUGUGACGUUUGUAAAGAUAUACGUAUUGGAAAAAUUCUGAUUCAAACUAAUAGAUCUACUGGUGAACCAGAACUUUACUAUCUACGGCUGCCAAAAGAUAUUAAAGAUUACUUGGUUAUCCUAAUGGACGCUACAGUGGCUACAGGUGCAGCCGCAAUGAUGGCCAUUCGAGUACUCUUAGACCAUGAUGUUCCUGAAGACAAUAUUUUAUUGGUGUCAUUACUUAUGGCUGAAUCUGGGGUGCACACAAUUGCUUAUGCAUUUCCUCAAGUGCGCAUUGUCACAUCAGCUGUUGACCCAGAAAUAAAUGAAAAGUUCCACGUUCUACCUGGUAUUGGUAAUUUUGGUGAUAGAUAUUUUGGUACUGAACCAGAAGAGUACUUAUCCAAUUAGUUAGUAAGUUAUUAAACAUAAGUUCUCGACUACUCAGUUUGUGAUUAUUAACAUACUAUUCAUAUUUUUUACUAAAUGUUUCUUAUAACACUACCUAUUAAGAUGUGUUGAAAUUGUAUGUACUUAGCAUAAUAUAAGACUUCUAGUAUUUUAAAAAAAAAGUGAUUGUAUUAUUUAAGAAUUGGUUGUAUAUCAUCAAAUAAACAAUUUCAAUUUA